CCUCGUAUAUGUGUGAGGCAAGAGGGAGAACAUACAGUUGUGCGCAGCUAAUGUUAUUUCCGAAUCAGUCUACUGUCGCUGCUAGCAGCGCACGAGAGCCUCCUGUAACUAUAUCAAACAUCUUUACUCAACUUUGCUCGGUUUUGUUUUACAUUGUGUGUCAAAUUUGCCCGGUAAAUGUUACAUUACACCAUUUAAACAUUCCGAUUAAAUAGUUCGUUGAUAUCGAUAAGAUAAGAUCUUCAUGUAAUACAUUUUAAUGACGAUCUCACCACUCACGGCGUGUCAAAUCUCACAAGUGACAAACGGAGUGAAACCGGAGCAAAAUACGUGAGAAAAUUUAUAUCGUUCCUGGAUAGAUGCUUAGUAAUUCGUCAAAGAAGAAAAAAUAAUAAAAGUCGCGGAAUGAGAUAAUAAGUUGUUUCUAAACGCAGAAAAAAUUCAUUAUGGAACUCACUCAUCAAGAUAAUUACGUCGACAAAUCGAGCGAUUUAAAAAUCGCAAACAGAUGUUUUGAUCAUGACAAUAGUCCUGUGCGACAAAUGUCAUAUUUGUCGAGAAAAACAGCGGUGGAUAUCCAAUUUACCGAUUUGACGUAUUCGGUGCCGAGUUCGCGAAAAGAAUCGCGGUUAAUUUUAAGAGGGAUCAGCGGACUAUUCAAGUCGGGCGAGCUGACGGCGAUUCUAGGACCAUCCGGCGCAGGAAAAUCGAGCAUUCUGAAUAUUCUUACAGGAUACAGACGCGGGAAUAUCGGCGGUUUGAUAUGUGUCAACGGUCAGCCGCGAGACAUGCGGAAAUUCAAAAAGUUGUCGUGCUACAUCAUGCAGGACGAUCUGGUGCAGCCAAAACUCACGGUUUACGAGGCGAUGUCCUACGCCGCCGACUUCAAGCUCGGCAAAACGAAAUCGCAAUCCGAGAAACGCGACAUCAUAGACGAGAUCCUCAACACACUCAGAUUGUCCAAAGUGCGAGACGUGAUUUCGGAAUUUCUCUCGGGAGGCGAGAGAAAACGAUUGACAAUCGCUCUGGAGCUCGUUAAUAAUCCGCCUGUGAUUUUCCUCGACGAGCCGACUACCGGACUAGACGAGCUGUCCUCGUCGCAGUGCAUCGACGUUCUUCAGACAUUGGCGCAUAUCGGCCGAACCGUUGUGAUAACCGUGCAUACGCCGAGCGCGAGCACGUUCUUGAAAUUUAAUCAAGUCUACGUCGUAGCCUCGGGAUUAUGCGUUUACAUGGGUCCCCCGAAUAACGUGGUGCCGUUUUUGCAAGGCGUGGGUCUUGAAUGUCCCAGGCAUUAUAAUCCCGCGGAUUUCGUGAUCGAGACCUCGUGCGGCGAAUACGGUCACGAUCUGACCGAGCGAAUGGUUGCUUCCGUGAACAAAAUGUUACCGAUCAUUCCGACUUGCCGGUCCAAACACGAGUUCGAGCUCGAGAUCGAGAACUUAGAAAUCCCGUGGACUUAUCAGUUCAUUACGCUAGUGAGAAGAAUGACGUGGCAAUUUUAUCGAAAUCGGCAAUACAUGUACACGAGGAUGAUGUUGCAAGCUUUUGUCGGAUUAACGGUGGGAUUGCUCUUCUUUAACAUAGGCAACGACGGUUCGAAAGCACUCUUCAAUUUCGGAUUUUGCUUCGCGUCCGUCAUAGUGUUCCUCUUCAUCCCUCUCUUUCCGGUGUUGUUGUGGUUUCCGUUAGAAAUACAACUCAUGAAACGCGAACACUUCAACAGAUGGUACAAAGUUAGCUCGUACUUCUGGGCAUUGACAGUCUUGUCUAUACCGCAACAGAUAAUUAUAGCAUUUGUCUAUCUCCCGCUAGUCUACUUUAUCACCGGACAACCCUUGGAGUUGAACAGGUGCCUCAUGUUCUUCAGCACUUGCAUCGUCUGCAGCUUCAUCUCGGAGAGUAUCGGGCACAGUGUCGGCAGCAUAUUCAACGUCGCGAAUAGCGUAUUCGUCGGGCCCGUGAUGGCUUGCCCUUUGAUACUAUUUGCGGUGCAAGGUUUCGGCGAUCCCACACCUCUACCGCUGUACAGAUGGUUACUAAUGUACUUCAGUUACAUUAGAUACGGAAUAGAAGGACUUGUGGCUGCCAUGUACGGCUACGGUAGAAAAAGAUUGCCUUGUCCACUAAAAGAAGUGUACUGUCCCUACAGUUCGCCUGAAGAAAUUGCGAAAUCAGUCGGUCUGAAAACCGCUCCGGAUUUUUGGAUGGACAUGCUCGCUCUAAUUGUUAUUUUAUUAAUCGCCAAGGCAUUCGUGUAUUACUUGCUGCGGCAAAGAGUGCGACCGAACAAGACCUUCCGAAUGAUUCAGAUAGUCGGGCAAUUAAUCAAAACUCAUGUUAAUACGUAAAUUAAACGAUAUCCGUAUGCGUCUCAAUUUUUGUUAAAUUAUAAUAGUCAAUAGAAAAAGUGCUCCGGUUAGCAAACUACGCUUCAAGUUUGGUGGCAGUAGAUAAAGCGAGCGUGUUUAUUCACAAGGUGUGUCCGCAUUGCGCUUAGCUUUUGCCAGUAAGGCUAAGGUCGCAACGGACAGAAAUAAAUUUCACGCAAAAGGAAAAAUUCUUUGUAUAACAAGAAUUAUUCCACUCCCUUCCUUUUUAUUAUUUAAGUUUAUUUAUUAAGUUCGUGAUACUGUAAACACACAGCAUUGUUUGUUCCGUUCUGCGUAAAAUUUAAUAGCAAUUAGUUUUACUAAUAGAGAUGCAACAAUAUGCAUUAUUUUUAUAAUUUUAGCACUAUGGGCCGGUUGUUCCACCUUUCGAUAAAUCUCAGCUUACUCAACAGGUUAUUAUCUAUAGGAUAAGAACUUGACUAGAAAGUAGAACAACCGGCCCUAUGUGUUGGUGAAAGAAAUUUUAAAUGUGUACUAAACAAUUAGAAUUUGUAUUGUUGUUAUAACGUUUUCUACAAAACAAAUUAUAUACUA